AUGCACAACAAGAACUCAACGAUCGCCCAACAAAAGACGGAGGUCAUGGAAUGGGCAAAGAAAAAUGGGAUACAGGAGCAAGUGGAGAAGUUCAACAAGAAAAUGGACGAGCACAUGAAAGAAGUGAAGAAGAAUGUUACCGAGCUAAUUGAUUACUUACCUACAGCUUUCAAAGAGUUUUCCGCGAUAAUGGAAGACGAAACGCUAACUCGACAGGAACAAAAGCAGAAGAGAAGGGAACUGACCGCGAAGAAUCCUAAGGCAUUCCAAGUGCUGAAGUUUAUAUUCGGGCAAUUCAUGCCACAUGGUCCGCAUGGUCCGCGUGGCCCACAUGGUCCAUUUGGUCCACAUGGUGGACCUGGAGGACGUGGUGGACGUGGACCUUUCGGUGGAUUUGGAGGACCUGGUGGACCUUUUGAUGGACCUGGUGGGCGCUUUGGAGGACGUGGUGGACCUUUUGGCGGAACUGGUGGACCUUUUGCCGGAGGACCGAAUGGUCGACCAGGUUUCGGAAAUGGCGACAACUGGAACAGCAGACCAGGUCAACACGGUUUCGGUAAUGGCGGCAACUGGAACAACGGAGCGACCGAUCGAAAAGAUUUUCGAGAAUGA